GUUGUACUAAAAGGUAGUUCUCGUCGUCCAUGUUUGCCAAUAUUGGCAACAACUGCUCCCUAGCUUUGAGUUGGCGUUGUACCAACCUGCUAUCAUCCUUAGCCGAAGAUUAGACUAUAUUCCCGAGUCAGCGGAACGCCGACAUCUGCUCUCACUUAUAAGAAGAGGAGAGCCGUGAGGAAAGCGAUAUGUCUGUUCAACAAACACCAGCUGUUCUCCUCUAGAAAUCCUCUAAAAAAUUCUCUAAACGACAAGAACAAGAUAGGCAAGAUGAAGUCCCAAACAAAGACGCAGUUAUUACGCCUCCUGGAGCGAUUGCAAUACAAGUUGUUAUCUAUAUUUCCUCGCAACCCUCCCCCACAAACUAUCAAGCCUAAAGUCCACUCGGAACUUCGCGAUGAAGCUUUGACCUUAGCUACUCAGCUAGAUGGAAAGACCUUUCGCCUCCCUGACCUAUGGAAACUCUUCUCAGAAUGGCCUCUCGCUGCUAACCCACACGCGGAGAGGCUCGAGGGCCUCGUGAACUCGAUGCUCGAACGCAUUAUCACCAACGAGAAAAAGUUGAAAGCCUUGAAGAAGGCUGACUUUGGUCGCCUCAUGUCCCUUUGGUAUCCUGACGCAGAAUGGCCCGAGCUUGAGAUAGCCACCGCCUAUUCAGUCUGGAUUUUCGUGUGGGACGACGAGGUCGACGCCGGAGACACAGACGUGUCUAACGACGAGGAACUCGCCCGAGCCUACUACCAGAAAUCCCUUAGCACAGUCCACCGCCUCCUGGCCCUCGACGAAAGCGGGGGGGCUCAGGAGAUAAUCAUCAAGGAAGAGGAGUCUUUACACCCCAACAUGGCUUUAUUUGCUGAUGUUGGUCGGGGCCUGCGCAACUCGACGGACAGAAUACAACGAGAAAGAUUCUACCGCGAGUUGGAAAACUUCAUGGUCAACGUGGGUGUGGAACAUGGACACCGAAUGCGAGGCUCUAUCCCUACUGUGGAAAAGUACCUCCAGAUUCGAUCCGGGUCUGUCGGCUGUGCUCCCCAGAUUGCACUUACAGAUCACAUGCUUAAAAUAAGACUUCCCGAGUCUAUUAUGGAGUGUGACCCUAUGAAGGAGCUCUGGAAGGAGACGAUUGUUAUGUGUCUUAUUCUCAACGACAUAUACUCGGUACAAAAAGAAAUAACACAAGCAUCGCUGUUCAACCUCGUGCCGGUCAUGUACAAAAACUGCAGUCCCGAAAAGAAGACUCUAGACACAGUCACCAGCGGGAUUGAAGCGGCUCUGCGGGAAUCUAUGAGGGGAUUCGAAGAGGCCGCAAAGGCCCUUGUCGAGAUGGCGUCAGACAACGCCGAAGUAAGCAGGGACGUGCAGGCCUUUAUCAAAUGGUGUCGAUAUUUCAUCACAGGGGUGUUACAAUGGAGUCUGGAGUCGAAACGGUAUGGAAUGGCAGACUGCUUGCAUAAAGACGGCUCGCUUAGCAUAGUACUCUGAGCAAGCCUGCAUAAGUUUUAUUAUAUACGGUACAAAACGUGCCUACGCAUCUCAUUUGUACGGGUUGGAUAUUCCAUAUGUAUGUACAUAGAUAGGUAUGUAGGUACAUACCCCUAUACAGGAG